AUAGAAAGAAGAAGAAGAAGGAGGAGGAAAAAGGGAAAACAACCGCCCGCCAAAUUUAAAGGAUGUAAACAAUGUUAGCAAAACCCUUUUAAUAGCGCUGUUCAUGAUAUUUGAAAGUUAAAGCUAUUUUUUUAAUUGUGUGGGUUUCUUAACGUUUUGCUACCAUGAGCUCCAGUGGAAAAGGACCUGGAGAUGUAACUCUUCUUGCUGCUAGCGGAGACAGCGAUUCUAUUAAAGUCUUUGUACGAGUGCGACCUCUGACCCAGGGAACCGGGCUAACAACUGAUGGAGACCAGAGUCUGUGUCUGAAUGUCAGCUCACCCAACACCAUCCGUCUGCUCUCUAAACCAGAACCACGGACCUUCACCUAUGACCAUGUCGCAGAUAUGGACACGUCUCAGGAUGCUGUUUUUAACAGUGUGGCCAAAAAUAUUGUUGAGUCUUGCAUGAAUGGAUAUAAUGGUACUAUAUUUGCCUAUGGACAAACGGGCUCAGGGAAAACAUUCACCAUGCUUGGUCCGUCUGAGCUGGACAACUUCACAGACGAGCUGAGGGGGGUCAUCCCUCGAAGUUUUGAGUACCUGUUUUUCCUCAUCGGCAGGGAAGUGGAAAAGUCUGGACAGUCCAAGAGUUUCCUCUGCAAAUGUUCCUUUAUUGAGAUCUACAACGAGCAGAUUUAUGACCUGCUGGAUUCAGCCUCUGCCAGUCUUUUCCUCCGGGAGAACAUUAAGAAAGGAGUGUUUGUUGAAGGAGCUGUUGAGAAGUUUGUGAACUCAGCAGCUGAAGCCUAUCAGGUGCUCUCUACUGGCUGGCGCAAUCGGCGUGUGGCCUCCACCUCCAUGAACCGCGAGUCUUCCAGAUCUCAUGCGGUGUUCACCAUGAUCGUUGAGUCCAAGGAGUCCCGCAACGACGUGGUGAACAUCAGAAGGUCCCAACUGAACCUGGUGGAUCUGGCUGGAUCUGAGAGACAGAAGGACACUCACACAGAGGGGUCCAGACUCAAGGAGGCCAGCAGCAUCAAUCGCUCCCUCAUGUGUCUGGGUCAGGUCAUCAUGGCCCUGGUGGAUGUGUCCAACGGAAAGAGCCGACACAUCUGCUACAGGGAAUCUAAACUCACCUUCUUGCUCAAGGAUUCUCUUGGGGGAAAUGCAAAGACCUACAUCAUAGCUAAUGUGCAUCCAGGCUCCAAGUGUUUUGGAGAAACGUUGUCCACGUUGCAGUUUGCUCAGAGAGCAAAGCUGAUCAAGAACAAGGCUGUCAUCAAUGAGGACACGCAGGGCAACGUGAAGCAGCUGCAGGCAGAAGUGAAGAAGCUGAAGGAGCAGCUAGCUCAGGCUCUGACCUCUUCAGGAGGAGACUCUGCACCAGGAGGACCUCAGCCUCUCAUGGGUCUGCCUGGGGAAAACCAACAGGAUAGUUUUUAUAAGGGGAAGUAUAUGGCUGCGUUGCGUCUGUGGAAAAAACAAAACGAGGAGAAGAAGAUCCUGCUCAAGAAGGUGGCUCAUCUUGAGGAGGCCUGGACCCAAAAAGACAAGUUCAUCCACUCUAACAGAAUGAUCAUCAGGUUUAGAGAAGAUCACAUCGCCCGUCUGGAGAAGAAGCUGAAGGCAGGACAAAGCUCGCUGUCUGACGCCGAGUCCCAGACUUUGAUUGACCAGCUGAAAAAAGAGAUCAAGCUCUUAGGUGAUCAGGUGGAACAUCAUCCAAAGAUGACUCGUUACGCAGCAGAAAAUUACAACCUCAGAGAGGAGAACAGGCUGCUGCGUUCUCUGGAAUCCGUGAUUAAAGUUGAAGAAAUGUCCACCCAAGUUGCAGCAGAGUUGGAGGAGGCCUUCCAGAAGGUGCUGGAAUCUGAAACACUCACAGAAGGUUCCAUGCCCUCCUCAGCUUCCACUGCCACAGAUUCUGCAGCCACAAUUGAAAAGCUGAAUGCAAAACUGCUGCAGAAACAGUCAGACCUCACAGCCGCCCUGCAGGCUUUUGAGGAGUAUAAAGACAUCACAAAGAGACAGCUUUCUCAGCUGGAGUCUGACAAAAGGUACCUGGAGAAAUCCAACAAGCACCUGGAAAACAUUUUGGAAGCCACUCAUGCAUACAAGAAACAGGAAGUCUCUGAGCUGAACAGAAUUCAUGUUGAAACUAUAAAGAUUCUCACCACACCCACUAAAGGAUAUAACCUGCGGUCCCGGCUCACGGCGUUCUCCAGUCCAGAACAUCUGAACGGAAUUGACAACGAUGGAGACAUCUCGUCUGAGCAGCCUCCAUCAGACAUGAGGGAGAUGGCUCUGACAGAAGAGCUGCGUCAAGUGCAGGAUCAAGUGAGUCGCGUUCAAACACAGCUUAAUGAAGAGGAGAGGAAUAACAGCAAGUUGUUGCAGCAAAUUGCAAAGCUAGAGGAGCAGAUUGCUGUGAUUUCCCAGGAGUCCGACCAAAAGGAGGCGCAACUUAUUGCAGAAAGAACCAAUAGGAACAAAGAUCAGCUCAUCUUUCAGGAAACUGUCAGCAGCCUGCAGCAGAGCCUUCAGACUGAACAACAGGCUGCAGAAGUUCUGAGGAGUGAGAUCCAAGAUCUACGGUUGGUCCUGCACUCUUCAGACAAGGAGCUGGCCUUGGUGAAGAACAAGCUCAGAGACACUCAGCAUGAGCAUCAGGAGGAGAUGAGUCGGAUCUCCAGCAACCUGAUCAGCACACAGCUCCAACUUGACAAAGUCCAGCUGGAGUGGGAGCAGCUUUUGGAGCAGAACAGAAAUCUGCAGGACUCCUUCGACCAGCUGCAAGCUGAGGCCAAGUUUGAGGCUGAUCAGGCACGACAGGAACUGGUGGACAGGCAGAGGGAGGUCGACCAGCUGAAAGCGGAGGUCUUGGGUUUAAACAAUUUGUUGCAAGCUGAGCAGGAGCGCAUAAACAGUCUAAUGACACAGCUGAGAGAAAACAAAGAGAGCACGUCAAAGGAGCUUGUUGAAACCAUGGAGCAGAACUCACAGCUCCGAAAACAAGGCUCAGAUUUAACUCUACAAAAUCAACAACUGUCAUCCAAGCUUGCUGAAAUGGAGCAGAAUCUGACUUCUGCCAACGUAAAGAUUGCCAGCUUGGAGCAGAAGAUUAAACAUGACAAAGAAGUUCUGUUAGAUCUCAUGAACCAAACCAGAGAUCUUCGUGCUGAGCUGAGCCACAAGGAGGAGAAAAUCAUCCAUCUGUCUGGAGACAUUAAAGACAUCACCGCCAAGUAUAAUGCUGCCUGUACGGACAGAGACAACAUAAGAGGGCAAAACCAGAAGCUGGACGCUGAAAUCGCUGACUUAAAAGAAACUAUGCAGCGAAAGAUGUUGUCUAACAAAAUAGAGGUUGAGGUGUUGCAGGAGGAGAUGACUUAUGCGACCGAGGAGGUUGAGCGACUCAUGAAGGUCUGUGAUGAGCAGCAAAGCCUCCUCCAAGCAACACAAGAGCAGGCAGCACAAAAGGAUCUCAUCAUAAAAAAUCUAGAGCUGAAGGUGCAACAACAACAGGAGGCUGCCCAGAAAACUGUCAGAAAUGGAGAAUAUAGACCCACUGAGCCGACUGUCACACCGAAAUCAGUAAAUCGGACUCCUUGUGGUUUCGGCAGCUUUAACAGAGAUCUAAACGAGGUGUUGGAGAGCCAAGAGCGAGAGCUGGAGAACAGACGUUCCUCCAUGAUGACCAUGGAGGUUCUUCUAGCCGAGCUGAACUCUGAGAGGAGCGCCAAAAACGAGGAGAUUCGCAGGCUCAAGGAGGAGCUUAGAGAUAAAGAAAUCGUUUUAAAGGAGAUCCAGAGUUUGCUGGAGUUUUACACCAAGGACAACCAGCUCUCUGAGACUGGAGACAAUAAUAGUAAGGAGUUAGGCGAAGCUCUUAGGCAGACUGUGCUGAAAGAGCUGCAGGAGGAGAGAGCAGAAAAGAACCAAAUACUGCAGAUGCUGUCUGCUGCUCAAAGAAAACUGCAGGAGCAGGAAACCUCCUUUGCUCAGUCACAGACCUGUAUUCAGGAAUUAACCACUGAGUUGAGAAACCGCUGUUUGGAGCUGAGAGAAGUAAACCAGAGGGUGCAUGAUGAGGAGAAGCUAUUACAGGAGAAUGAGCUGCUGCGUAAGCAAAACGAAAAACUCUCUGAGGAGAACGGAAAACUUGUCGGACACAAGAACCACAAACAGAGGAUCGAAUAUCUAGUCAAACUGAAAAAAGACAAUACUAGACUGCAGGAGGAAAAUCAAAAACUCAGAACUGAGAUCAACCUAAUGCGGGAUGGCAAUGGGAUCCCAAUGCUCGACAUUGAAUGACAUCUUAUCUGUGGCGAAAAUUAUCAACAAAUUUUACUUGUAAAUUUUUGUUUACUAUUUUGAUAUCAGUUGCUCUCCUAUUCCAUUAUUUUUAGAUAUAAAGCCAGUACAUUUGAAAACAGUGAAAUUGUGUUUUUGUUUUUUGGUACUGAAUAAAUUUAUUUUACUGCC